AUGUUCGCCAAUGCCGCAAACUCGACACCGGCUGUGCCAUCGCGCAAUGCUCUCCGGGUCCUUCGCCAAUUAGCAUUCGCCGGAUCAACAGUUGGCAGUGUCUGCGGCGUUGCAGUCAUCACCUACGAUGUCCAUCGCCGGGUCCGCGUGGCCGAGCAGAUCAUCGAGAACAAACGGACUUUGCAUACUUCCGCGCCGAAUUACGAUGCGACCGCUUCCGCCCAACGGCUGGCAGUGAUGAUGGAGGCUGCGGAAGCCGGAGAGUUCAUGGGCCUGGCAUCUUUGAAGAACAGAAAGGGAUACCCUGGAGGUAAGGAGGAACCUCUCAGUGAACAGACCCAUGCCAAACCAUCCCCUCAACAUGGAGCUCGCCCUACCCCCAAUUGGUUCCAGCCUGGACCGAGUGGUACAAUUUCGCCGCCCAUCUCGAACAGCUCCUCCGAUAUGCGGGUUCGAGCUGAAAACCGGGUGGCUUUGGCUCGAGAGGCCCGAGAGGCCGACAUUGCACGUGCAGCUGGCAAACUUCCGAUGGAGGAUCGAGUUCGGGACUUGAUUCGAGAGGACCGGGAGAUCGAAGCUGCACAACUUUUCAUGGAUACCGUCCCGGCAAUUGGUGGAGUCACGAUUUCUAUGGACAGGCGGGACCUCCUGCGUCAGCUGUUCGCUGCCAAUUGCAUGAAGGGAAACAUCUUCAUCGCAAGAUCCCUGUUUACACACAUGGAGAAAUUGUCGGAGGUGGAUUCAAAGAUCUGGUCAACCAUGAUGCAUCUGCUGGCCAAAGAAGGACACAUUGAAUCUGUCGGCGCCAUUUAUGAGAAACAUCUUACCAAACUGACUGUUCCAUCUCACUUGUUGGAAGUCAUUAUUCGAAGUCUUCUUGAGUCACGGAGGUUGACUUUUGCCAAACACCUUUUCUACACACGCAUCAAACAUGAUGACAAUGGUGGGCUGUGUGGUGCAUACCUCGAUGGAUUGUGGAGGAAAACUCGGAAAAUCGAACUACUCAAGGCCGAGUUCAACAAGAUCCUCUUAGCACUUGCUGAGUUGGACCGAGGACCAACUGAGAAGGUCUUCAAUCCAAUGGUGAAGGCCUAUGUCGAAGCAGGCGCCUUCGAAGCAGCCGAAGCACUAGCUACGGCCAUGCUUUCCGAGUUCCAUGUUCAACCUGGAUGCCGUACUCUAGGACUGGUCUUGUAUGGUAAAGCCCUUCAGUGUGACUGGGAGGGUGUGAUGAGUGGGCUGCGUGAAAUGCACGAGCUAGGAUUCACCAAGGACAAGAAGAGUUUCGCGCUGGUCUUCGAUCGCGUGUUCUUGGAGUACUAUCCCACACAUACCGGACCUCAAAUUUUCGACUUCCUCCUGACUUGCAUCAAUGAGUUCAAAAUUCGGCCAGACAAAAUCCUUCAUCGGCAUAUGCUCGAGGCGGUUGUUGAAAGAUGUGACACCAGCUGCGUGAAGGCUUUGACUGCGAUGGCCGAAGAGCGAAAAUGGAACUCGGGAGUGGAACAGUACGAGCUGGUCAGAAUCCUGGAAGCCCGCCGUUUGUCAAUGCAAGACACACCGGUGGGUAUCUGGCGCAUGCUGCAGGCCGCCAAACAGCAAUACGGAUCAGUCGCGAGCAACCGGCGCCUGAUGGGUUCAGACGCCGACAAUUUUUCUUUGCGGGACAGUGUCUUGCUGCCCAUCCAUCGCGACGCCGACAAAAAUUUCCCGGAAAGCAUGAAAAAACUUGUGAGGUCGAGGUCCAUGAACACCUACAUGGCACUAGCAAAGCGACAAGAGCACCAUAUUCACGCCGCAAAGUUCACGAAAGCCAUGUCGGCCUUCCGGCAGGCGAGCAAAUCUGGACAUCCCAUCAAACCCAUCCACCUCCAAUUGACAGUCAUCGCUAUACUCCUGGAAAGUGGCUUGUCGGGCUUGAGAGAUGCCCAGAAGCUUAUCAAUUCAGAGUGGCCAUACUGGUCCAGGGUCCCAAAAACUCAAUUCACUCCGCGAUUCCCGCGUUUCGUGCCGAUCUUCUUCCAACAAAUCCUGCAAGUUGAAUGCCGCCAGACCAGUGAAUCCACUCUUCUCCACAUCGCCUUGUUUGAGUUCUACAAGAUCUGCGAGGAUACGCCCACCUUCAAUGUCAAGCAUCAUCUGUCCGUGGCCGUGGCCCGACGUCUAAUAUUGAAAGGCCAGAGUGAUACCGCGAUCGGACUACUCACAGCUGUCUAUAUGUCCAAGUGGCGCAGGUCUCUCGGGUUUGACCAAGUACAACUCAAGAUUCUGAUGCGUGCUUACGCGAGGACUGGCCAUAUCAGAGGCGUGUGGUGGUGCAUGAUGACAGUCCUCUCUCGCCAAGAGCCCGUUCUCGACGACUUUUUAGUUGAGGUCAAGCGUUUGAUGCCCCUGCUGGAACAACAAUACCCUCAACGAGAUGCACAAUCUCAAGAAGAAAGCAACGUGAGAACGCUAGGUUUUAUUAUGAAAAUGCUGGAAGAAAAGGCUGCCGGUCGGCCAUACUGGAAGGAGAUCUAUUCCUGUCCCGAGCAGAAGCACAGAAGACGAACUCAACCUCCCAUGCAGGAUGUGAAAUCAUACGAUCGACUGCCGUCCACUAGCAUCCAAAAGCUGGUCCAAACGUUCGAUGAGGAAAUGGAGAUGGAUUUCCUGCAAAAGCGCACGCAGUUCGACUUUGAUACAGUGCAGAGCUCCUGGGAUGAGAAUCGGAUGGUUACCGGGCUUCUUGUGCAGCCCGAGGAGGCUGAAUACCCUGCAAAUGUGCCAGAGGGAAAGGCUGCCGUAGCUUGA